UUUGUCAGUUUGAUUUCUGCUUUCAGUUACUAAUAUCUUGUUCUUCCGCCUGUUUGCCGUCUCAAGAAACAUAGAUAUUGAUAUCAUCGGUGUUAAAAUGGACCAACAGAAUAAUAAUUCUGAUAAAAUUGAAUUCAAAGUGAAAUUUUUUGGUCAAUAUCAUGACAUUGUCAUUGAUAGGAAUGACGAUAAAUAUAUUUACAAAACGCAACAAUUAUUCCAACAGCUUGCGUUGAUAACUGGAAUACCAAGCAAAUAUACGACCUACGUAAAGCUGUUUGGAGCUGAACCCGAUGAGAAUGAUCUGAGAACACAUCAUUGGAUAUUCAACGAUAUACCCUUGACCAGUGACGAUCAACUUUCUUGGUCUGUGAAAAGCCUUCGUGCAUUUGAUAAUGCUGUAUCUCGUUAUCAUCUCUCAUUUCUGGCUUCUUAUUGUAAUGUUGUUACCCGAAAUAUUCAUAUCUCUUACAAACUAAUACCUGAAAGCGAGGUUCCAGAAGGCGUUUGCAGCAGAUGUUUUUGUCAAUAUAAAUAUACUAAAAGUUUCUUCGACAAGAUAAAAAUGGUUAUUUAUAACGAGGAAUUGAAUUCAAAACUUAGGCUUUUAGAUGUUCAGACAUUGGGACGUGAGCGCUGGUUUGUGGAACAUUGUAAGGUUUACAAAGAGUUUAAUGUUGGACAAUACUUUGAAUACCUUGCUCCUUGUGUUCAUCAAUUUGAUGGAGCAAGAACAACCCAUGGAAUCGAAAGAUUGGCAUCUUACAAUAGAAAUCGAGGUUAAUUAGUUGUUAGUUAAUCGGUCAUAGGUCAUUUAAUAUUAAAUGUAAUUAAGCAGCUGAACUAAAAUUCAUUCAUGAAACAUUGAAGUGAAUUCUGCUUUGAAUGAUUGCAUUAGCAAAAUCAUAACUAUAAAAGAUUAAAGAAUUUUCCAAUUGUUCACC